UUCCUGUUGGUCAGACCAAUUUGGAUUUGUUCAGUCACCUGUCUGCCUCAUUUCCAAACAAUCACAAUCACAUCAUCAGUGUGGCAGAGUUUUGUCUUUUCUAUCCCCUUGCUUUUUUGGAUGAAGAGAUGGCCAUCAAGUGAGUUUCUGUACUUUUCAUUUUUUGGGGGGCAUUGAACAUUUCCAGCCAUUUACAGCAGCCAUGUGGAAAAUGACAAGACGGAUUUCGCUUUCCGGGAGAUUAUGCUGCUUUCUCAAGGACCCGUUGGAGGACGUCGACGCUUGGAGCGAGUCGGUGGACAAUGUCCUCACUUGUAAAAACGGUCAGUUAGCUUUCCGGGAGUCCUUGCAGUCGGAGCACAGCGAGGAGAACCUCCUGUUUUGGCUUGCAUGUGAGGAGUAUAAAAAAAUUAAGAAUGUCCCAGAGAUGAUCUCUUCUGCCAACAGGAUCUACUCUGAGUUUGUUCAAACAGAAGCACCCAAACAGGCUCAAACUCACCCUAAUGCGAACAAGCACUGUCAAAAAAGGACGAAUGGAAAAUAUGGAUUACAGUGCAUGAUCAACAUCGAUUGUGUUACCCGGGAAAAAAUUACAAAUAACAUCUCUCAGCCGACGUUGACUUCGUUCGACACGGCUCAGAGGCUCAUCUACUCUCUGAUGGCCAGAGAUUGCUACCCACGCUUCCUCAAGUCUGACAUCUAUCAAGGACUUCUGAGGAAAACCGACUUAAGGUGACUCUUUUAAAGCCGGCAGACCCGCAGACAUGCAAAAUCGCUCUCACCUUGUUCUGUAGUACGACUACGUGUGAUUUCACUGGAUGUCUGGAUUCUGCCCUGCAACGCAGUUCCACGUGUUCUCAACCUGUGUGAUUCAGUAGACGCUCGCAGCCCGAGGCAAUUUUCAGCUUGUAUUAUACUAUCUCUUUUAUUUAUGAAGGUAAUAUAAUUUUUUUUAAGUAUUUGAAGAGAUUGUGAGCUAAGAUUUCUUUACUCUGCCCACUCCACUAUCAUAAGGACUCCCCUGAAGUAUUAUCGACAUUAUUCAAUUCAAUACAAAAAUAAAAUAUGCUCCAACACAUUUUGACUUUUGAAACUUGGUACAAACUUUUGAUGUGUUACGAAUUAAAAGUGGAACUCAUGAAAUGAAAAGAAUGAUAUUUCAUUCGGGUAAACCAUUAGAUGACCCCAGAUCAACCCUGCUUUACCUCAUUCCCUGCCAGCCAUUUCCAGGAAUCCGAACCACGAGAGUGCCAUCCAGUUUAGAGCAUUCUGGCAGAUUUUUCAAGACCCACACAGUAUUGUGCUCUAUGAUUAUUUAUACGCCGAAUCUACCCAAUGACUGACUCUUUACUUUCAAUGGAAAAACAAUUAAAUUGCGAACUCAUCAGAAUUCAAUUAAAACAUGAAGCGCCAAGAACGAUUUUUUUUUUUUAACCUCAAUCAUUGUGGGUGGUGGGUUGAUGCUUUCCCUCUAAAUUUCAAGCGCUUCUAGUGCAGCAGUGAGGCAGACACGCCAGUAGAGGGUAGUAGUGCGAGAUUUUAGAUUUAAAAUCGGUUCUGUUUGCCAACUGAUUAAAGAGUCGAUACCUUGUCGUACGGCAGCACUCAACAACGGCUUCUGAAACAUACAUUCGAACAGGGAACAUAUAUGCAUAGAAUUCACAUACAACGUAUUGUGAUAUUUUGGCAAAAGUAUAUUUGUAAAAAAUGGGGGUUGGGGGGGCACAAUAAUUAUUUUGAAAAUCUGACGAGGAUGACCAGGUGUUUCCGGGGAACAGCCACUCACGGCUGAAGUGCCUUUCUGAUGAGUUCGCAAAGUAAUUGUUUUUCCAUUGAAAGUAAAUAGCCAGUCGUUGGGUAGAUUCGGUGUAUAAAUAAUCAUAGAGCACAGUAUUGGGUGGGUCUUGAAAAAUCUGUCAAAAUGCUCUAAACUGGAUGGCAUUCUAUUGGUUCGGAUUACUGAAAAUGGCUGCAAGUGAAUGAGGUAAAAGUAGGGUUGAACUUGGGUCAUCUAAUGUUUUACCCUAAUGAACGAGGUCACCAAAAUAUUUUUGAUACAUUGCAAGCUCAAUACCAUUAUUAACCCCAACCACAAUAAUAAAGAUUCAUUUAAGCCCUGAUUGUCAUUGAAAGCUGAGAAGCCACAAUCUUCGUAAAGGAUGUGAUUUGGACCGUAUUAGAUUUGUUGGCCGCAUGAAUAAGACCCAGGUGUGUAUUCCAGUUCCCGCAGAGGACUGAGGUCUGCAAAUGAACACCUGCAUGGCAACCGAGUUCUUUACGUUACAUAACAAGGAGGAAUAUGACCCACUUCCUUAUCAACAGUGUGUUUAGCUUAAAUCAUCACCAAAGGGAAAUUUACUUUUACAGACAGUUCUGUUUGGUUUCUUCUUUUUGAUCAUGUGCAGGUCCUGUUUUUAUUUCAUAGUUCCCAUUGCUAAUGCAAAUGAAAACUAUACUGCAUUUCAACGAUUGUACGGCUCAGACCCUUGCGAUGAAGAAGUGCGACAAUAUUUUUGUGAACAAAUGCAAUAAAGAAGUAUAAACUCAAAGAAUA